GCAUUAGGGUAAAAUAUCAAAAUUGGAGCUCUAUUGUUGUGAAAGAAGCCAUAUGCCAACAACGAUGGUGACUAAGAACCAAUUAAAUCGAGCAAACGAUGUGACCCGCGCUUUUUCAAUUGACUAAACACGUUUUCACAAUCAAUUUUGUCAUCCCGGCAAAAGAUAUUUUUCCCUCUAUUUUUUUGCACGUUUCAUUUUUAUGGCUGCCGCCGGCGCCUCGCCGUUCCGUGAUCGGACGUCGGAGUUCGUUUCGCUGUCGCAGACGUUGAGAAGGAUCGGUGGAAACGCAGCAGCUCCGCCGCAACCGCAAUGGAACGACUCGAUUGCAGUAUCUCCGGAUCGGUCCGAAUUCAACAAGAAGGCUUCCAGAAUAGGCCUUCGCAUCCACCAAACCGCGCAGAAAAUCGACCGUCUAUCUAACCUAACCAAAAGGUCAUCUAUUUUUGAUGAUCGGAGCAAGGAAAAUGAAGAACUAACAGCCUUGAUAAAAAAUGAUAUCACUGCACUUAAUAUGGCUAUUUCUGAUAUGCAAUCACUCCAAACCCUGGAGAUGGCUGAUGGAAAUUAUACAGGGGAUAGAGUGGUUCAUUUGACUGCUGUUUGUGAUGAUUUAAAGAACAGACUUAUGAAUGUGACUAAGCAGUUUCAAGAUGUAUUGACUACUACGACAAAGAAUAUCAAGGCUCGUGAGAACCGGAAACAGUUAUUUUCCACUGUUGUAUCAAGGGAGAAUCCUUUAAAACAACCACCUAAUACUGUGUCGGAACCACCUCCAUGGUUGAGCUCAUCUGAUUCAUCUGGAACAAAUCUGCAACCAUCAGUAGCAAUAGGAAAUGGUACUCAAGAGCGCAAUCAACUAAGGCGAAGAAUGGGUACAGAUGCCAGUCCAUCCCCUCAAAUGGAAGCUGCAAUGUUGCAGCAAGUGGUUCCUCGGCAAGAAAGCAUCUAUCAAAAUCGAACUACUGCUCUUCAGAACGUGGAGUCUACGAUUACAGAACUCAGUGGGAUUUUCACACAUUUGGCUACCAUGGUUGCGCAGCAAGGGGAGCUGGCGAUAAGGAUUGAUGACAACAUGGAUGAGUCGUUAGCAAAUGUCGAAGGUGCUAGUAAUGCCUUGAUGAAAUACUUGAACAAAAUAUCUUCAAAUCGGUGGCUCAUGGUUAAAUUGUUUCUCGUAUUAAUAUUGUUUCUUGUUAUAUUUAUAGUUUUUGUGCUUUAGUUCUUUUUCAUAUUAUUUUCUUUCGUCUCCAUCUUUAUCAAAAUACAUUGUCUAAAGCCUAAACUUGCUGCAGCCGAUUCUUUGUAUUAUAAUCAGUGGUUUUCUCAUUUGAGAUUGAAA